AUGGCUUUACAAAGGUCGACAUGCCUGGCGCGGUCGGCCCAAGGUGUGUACGGAGCUGUCCAACGGCCGUCCUCUUUCCAAACUGCCGCAACACCGACGCUCAGCAUUUCGUCGCAAUUCACGAGUUGGAGGAAACAGCGGACUCACUUUUCUACUUCGCCUUGGCGUUGUGCUGAAGAAGUCGGCAUUGCUCGCGCGGCACCAGAAAUCGACUUCAAAAAUUUUAGCAUACAACCGGCACGUAUACUCCCUGCCUCGCCGGCGUACUUCUCCGGCAGUCCCAAAUUUAUCGACCACCGGAUAAAAUUAGAGCGGCUCUUAGCGAAAUAUGUACUACUGCCUACACUACCAGCCGGCGAAGCACCCCGAAUGGCGUGGUUCAAACUCGCCCAAUUUCGAGAGCACUUGGGCGAACCCAUCCCCGCGAAAAAGUACAAGAACUUUCAAAAAGUUCUCCAACGACUCAAUAGAAUCCAGCCAGAUAUAGUGCCCGACGAAGUUCGGCACGCAUUGAACAGCUACGUUCGUCCCGGUAACCCUUAUGCCAACAAACCUGCCCCGAGUGAAGUGGACGAAUUCGGUCGGGCGCGCGGAAAAGGUAAACGAAAGGAAUCCUCAGCUGUGGUUUACCUUGUAGAAGGUGAUGGGGAGGUUCUCGUUAAUAACAAGAAUAUUGUGGACGCAUUUCCCCGAGUACAUGACCGCGAAAGCGCUUUGUGGGCACUGCGAUGCACCCAAAGGCUUGAUAAAUAUAAUGUAUGGGCCAAAGUUUCGGGAGGAGGAGUCACAGGCCAAGCAGAGGCCAUCACAUUGGCUGUUGCUCGUGCAUUGAUGGUACAUGAGCCAGCACUCAAACCAGUCCUUCGACAGGCUGGUGUUAUUACAGUCGAUGCUCGUCGGGUUGAGAGGAAGAAGCCUGGUCAUGUAAAAGCAAGAAAGAUGCCUACCUGGGUCAAGCGAUAA